AAUGUUUGUAAAAUCUAAAAUGUUAUUCCAAAGAUAAAACUUUUGUGACAAAUUAAUUCAUCCUUUUCCCCUUUGACCUGUGAUGAUGAAACGUUCAGUCGUCGCAUCAACGUAGGUCAAGGAGAAUAAUCAAAGUCUUGGAGUUUGAAAUAAAGGCACCACGAUUUAAAUCGCCGAUCUUAUAUGAUCGUUAAAAGAGCGAACUUUCCUGGCUUAUGCGGCUAAACUUUUGAAUAGCGAUAACGAGACGGCAAAGUUGCAGGCGAACCGAAGAUAGAAUGAUAGGUGGUAGGUAGAAGCUCUAAUCCUUUACGCGUGGGCUCCCAGAGGAUCCUGAUGGACACCUCGAUAAAAACAUUAAAUAUAAGAUUUUCGAUGUCAUGAUCAACGGAGAAAGAGCUGUCGAUAGAAAAAAUGUUAUUAAUAAUGUGAGAUCUCCCGCUGAGAGACUUCCAUCUUUAUCGAUUUCGGCAUUAUGAGUCUAAGGGAUUAACGUGCUCUCGUACGUGUAUAAAAGAUUGAUUACUUUUUUGAUUCUUUCCUUUAUUUCUCUAUCGUUUAUUAAAACAACUUGCUAUCCAUUAAUUAUUGCAAAGGAUAUUAUGCAUAAUUAUUUUUGCGAGAAUGGCAGCAAGCCAAGCGUAACCUUUUCAUCUUCAUUUUUUUAUUAUUACAUUUGACCGUAUCAUUCUUUUUUCUCCCUUUCAUUAGAAAAAAUAUAUUUAAUUACUUAAAUAUUAUUUAUUCUAUUCACGAUGGAAUUUUUUUUUCUAUCUACUACUUUCGUACCAACAUAUAACAAGUCAUUAUUACAAUGUUGCAAUAUGUUUCAGCAUUGCAUGCGAAUAUUUGUACACGUAGGUAUGUAUUUUAUUAAUUUUUAUAUCAAUAAAAUAUGUCAUUGCCGAUACCUAAAUCUCAAACUAAUUCGUAUUGAUUGGAAAAGGUACCUCGUUAUAUUUGGCAGCCAUAUGUUCGUAUUUAAGUGUUCCGACAAACCGAUAAAACGCAGUGUCUCUCAAAUGAUCAUAUCGUUCUUCAUAAAUUUUCUAUGGUCUAUGUAGAAGAAGGGAAAGACGUAGGAAGAUGGAGAAAAUAUUGUUAAGUUCGACGCGACGGGGUUAGUUAACGAUUCUUUAUAUCUAACUACCGAUUCUGCUCGAUUUGAGAGGCACUGCGUGAUAAGAGCUCUCACAGGGGUUUCGUUAAGCCUUCUCGAUAUAUCCUUUUGAGCUUUUCAGCGAUUCUUUUAUUUUACCUCCCCCUAGCAUCAGUUCUUAUCACCAUGCUGAUUUAUAGCAUUACGUCGCUGAUUUUAUAGCUAUGCUGCGUAUUUUUUUUUUUCUGUUUAACAACUAGAAACAGUAACGUUAACAUUCCCGAGAGAUAAGUAUUCAUUGAUACAGCGAUUAGCGACCUUCUGUUUCUAGUUCUAAAGACUUAUGAUUAGAUAUAGACAUAUCAUUAGAUUGUUUCUAAGAAAUUAAUCUAUUCAUAAUGUAGAUAUGCAUAUUCCAUCAAAAACAAAUUAUUAGGCUGAUCUACAGAAGACGAGCGAGAAAUUUUUAACUCAAAAUUGCACGUAGAUAUACAUAUUUGUUUGACAGAUCUAUGAAUGGAUCGUAUAUGCUGUUAUAUAGAUCCUCCUAUGUAAAAAGAUUUACCUUCCUAGGGUUAGCGGCAGGUAAAUACGACCAUGUCAGGUGGAAGUCACAAAUAUUUGAUAUGUGCAUCUUCUUCAUCAUGAGAAUUGAAUUAGAUACAUAGAUGACUCUGCUAGCUUCUGGUGAAUGAAAUUCAGAGACCGGAUCAUUGAGACAUGUAUAUAAAUCAGGAAAAUGUUAAAUAAAAAGGGAAAAAAGGAUAUCGCGAAGGGAAGAUAGGAAAGGAGCAUACGUUAUGGCGACUUGUGGUAUCAUGUUGAGAAGGAUAGAGAGAGGGGAGAAAGAGAGAAAGAAAAAGAGGGGAAAAGACGAGAGAGGAAAAGAGAGCCCAAAGAAGUGGAAGAAAGAACAUCGAUGUGGUUGGUAGGAGUGUGGUGAAACGAUAGAGAGAGAGAAAGAGAGAGAGAAGGUUAAAGAGAAGGUGAAGUAGAAGGGAGAGGAAGAAUGGAGGAGAACGGUCAUUGCCACCACCUUGCCUCGAGUCGGUGCUAGAGUCCCAAUCACCGUGAAAAGCGAGGAACCUGCUAUGGUCUACCGAAGAGAAUUGCCCCACACUUUAGUCAAGCCUUUUGUAUAUUUACAGUGUCGUGGCGGAUGAGAGAAAGAGAGAGAAAGAGAGAGAAAGAAAGAGAGAGAGAGAGAGAGAGAGAGAGAGAGAGAGAAAGAGAAAGAAGAGUAGAAAGGAAGGAAAGGUAGGGAGGCGCCUACAGGAGAAGGAAUGAUGCCUGGUGAAUCGGAUUCGUGUAUGCGGAGUCGAGUCAAGAGCAAGAUCGAGACAGCACCGAUCCAGGUGCUCGCUGAUCCACAAGUUGCGAGAGAAGAGAGAGAGAUAGACGGAGAGGCCAAACCAGUUUGAUAGGCCGGCAAGAGAGAAGAGUAACCGGUGUAAACGAAGAAGAACUCGCGAGAAGGCAUCGCAGGGUUCGUCUCUCGUAACGCGGUUGUGUGUGUAUAUAUAUAUACAUAUAUAUAUAUAUAUAUAUAUAUAUACAUAUAUAUAUACACACACAUAUACACACACACACACACACACAUAUGUAUAUACCUCUCUCUCUCUCUUUUCUCAUUUUGGGUCAACCUGAUCGUAAAGGUGUUUUCUUCUUUCUUUCUUUUUUACGCGUUAUCAUUUGUGUUCAUUUGAAACUUGUGGAUAUAUCGAAAUCGAUCGUGACGUAUUCGAGAGGUUUUCGUUCGCCGAGUCACGUGUAGUUGGAGAACAACGCGUGCCAAACAUAAGCAAGUUCUUAGUGAGCAAACUAGAAGGAUCUGGAAUUAGGAAGCAAGAAGAUUCUUCAAAGAUGUGGAAUCAUCGCAGAUUAAGUUGGAUCAUCAUCUCGCUCUGUUGCGUCUUCAUACACAUCACGAUAGCCAGUCCUAUUUAUGUCCCACAAUUUUUACCAAGUAGUACUGGAAGAAACAUCCGUCACUUGCCAUGCGUGUCGCGUAGAACAGGCGAAACCGGAAUUUGCAUGUUUGCAUUUACCUGUGCAAAGGCGAACGGCACGCAUCUUGGCACAUGCAUCGAUCGUUUCUAUUUCGGUAGUUGUUGUAAGAUCGACGAAGAGCCGGACGUUGGACCUCAGGACAACAGCAUCGACGAUGGACCGCCAGCAACAUCAAGGCCGUUCGUCACUACUCACAAUCCCAUCGAGAGCAAUGACAUACCCCCAUAUUUUCCAAGGCCAAAGCCUAACGACCAAAGCAAACCAUCUGGUACAUACACCACUGUGGCUACUACGAUCACUCAGGCAACAGAAAGUACUAAAAGUACAUCGCAUACACAUGGAGGGAGUACAAAGAUUGUAACAAAGAAACCAACGAUACAGACCAUAGAAACGACGACACAAUCGAUUCGUCUAUCGACUUUUCAAACAGUUCAAAACGGCUCGUACGAAAAAUUUACUACUACAUCCGCACCCUCCAAGAAUUUCACUAAAAUCUCUACAGAAAGUACAAAGUAUUCGUCCAAUACGUCUACUGCUUCAACAACUUCUAAACUAUCAGUCGGUACAACUCAAAAGCCAACAGUUCCGUUCAAAAUUUCGACUUUAUCCACAACGUCAAGACCAAUCGUAGGUACAUCGAAACCGAUUACAAAAAAACCUUUACACACUACGAUAUUACAUACAACUACUCAAACGAGUAUUCAACGACCGAUACAAACAACCACAUCGAAAAGUAUUAUUACAACGACGCAAAAGGCUGUGCCUUCGACAAGAUUUCCACCAAGAAACACGACAUCGGUCAAGCCAGUGACUCAACAAUUUACCAAGAGACCACCUACUGUUAGCACGAAGAGACCCCUUGUCACGAGCACGAAAAGACCCACCUUGUCUACCAAAAAACCAACUUUACCCACAAAAAAACCGACGACUCAAAGUAAUUCUUCGAUUGGUUCUAGUCACGGAACAACAACGGUAGCGUCGACUUAUUUGACGUCUAAUAAGACAAAACCAACGUUCACAACGACUGAAAGUAAUCUUUUGUCUUCUACCGAAGAGACACUUGUAACUUUGGUGACGGAAACAGUGAGUUUUGUAACUCGAAAGCCGAUUACAAUCACUACUGAGAAACCUAUUUAUCAUAAAAUCACGACCAAACCUAAACCAACCACUUCUAGGCCAGUUGUAACGACUAUAAUCAGUACGAAGCCUACUAAGAUCAGUACAUUAACUACUGGUAAAUUAGAAACAUCUACCACGCAAAAGACAAUUUUCCAAACCUCUACAAGUAAUUCAACAUCGGAGAUUACCAAAUUUAAGCCAACUGAGAGUUCAAUUGAAACUACGAUAAAACCUAUUAGAAUCACAACACCUACGACCAUAUCUGUCGCUAGCUUCAUUAAUGCCUCUUCCUCGACUGCGAGUAGUCAAACGUUCAAGGUACCAAUUGUCAACCAGACUCUCGAAGAAGUACCACUAACUACACCGUCAUCUGGUUUGGUCACGUGGUCUUCCCAUUCCGAUGAAACACCAACCAAAGCAACAGACGUUUUAUCCACAACCAAAAAACACGAUGAAAUAACGGAGAGCGAAUGGACACCCAUAACAACGCCGGAUGGUUGGGUAAUGAUCCAAUCACCACCAACGACCGUUGAAACGUCCUCGGAAAAUCUGGAAAGUUCGGCGACUAAAUUAGAGUCUGUUUCGUCUACUGUAUCGUCUGAUGUACCUGUGAGAUCAACGACGGAAGUUCCAACGACGACGGAGCAAGUUACAGAGACGUCAACGAUUCUGACGACAUUGUCAAGCAUCGCUACUAUAGUCGUUGAUACGGAAACUCCGAUAUCGAUCGAAACUCUAAAUAUGUCGGAUUACAAGCAAGUUUGCGGAAGGAGAAUAUUUCCCGAGUCGAGGAUCGUGGGUGGCAAUCGCAGUACCUUUGGCAAGUGGCCCUGGCAGAUCUCGUUACGUCAAUGGAAGACAUCUACCUAUUUGCACAAAUGUGGAGCAGCCUUGUUGAACGAGAAUUGGGCUAUUACCGCGGCACACUGUGUUGAAAAUGUAUCACCGGCGGAUUUAUUGUUGAGGAUCGGAGAAUACGAUCUAGCGAACGAGGAAGAACCAUAUGGAUUCCAAGAAAGGCGAGUACAGAUCAUAGCGAGUCAUCCACAAUUCGAUCCAAGAACUUUCGAAUAUGAUCUCGCUCUUUUGAGAUUCUACGAGCCACUUCCAACAUUCCAGCCAAACGUUUUGCCAAUCUGUCUCCCGGAUGACGAUGAAACUUACGUUGGUCGUACAGCUUAUGUUACUGGAUGGGGAAGACUUUAUGACGAAGGACCACUGCCGUCCAUCUUACAAGAGGUUGCAGUACCGGUUAUAAAUAACACGGUAUGCGAAGCUAUGUACAGAAAUGCUGGUUAUAUCGAGCACAUACCACAUAUCUUCAUUUGCGCAGGAUGGAGAAAUGGUGGUUUUGAUUCCUGCGAAGGGGAUAGUGGCGGCCCAAUGGUGAUUCAAAGGGCACGAGACAAACGAUGGUUACUAGCAGGAAUUAUAAGUUGGGGAAUUGGUUGUGCCGUACCAAAUCAACCGGGUGUCUACACGCGUAUUUCCGAAUUCCGCGAAUGGAUCAAUCAAAUCUUACAAUUCUAAUCCGACUAAUUAAAAAGUACGGAUGCGUAAGUUCUAUGAAUCGUCAGCGCAAACUGGACGAAUUCUGCGCUCCGAGGAGGACUAGAAAAAGAAGGACGAAGGAUGAAUUCCGGAAUAAGAAUUCGUAGCUUUGAUUUCGAAUUUCCCGGAAAAGUGAAAAUGAUGAGGAAACGUUCAUAGAUGCCGCCUGACGUCAAGGUUAAGAAAUCGCGAAAAGAACGUUGGAUAACUGAACUAUCUGUUUUAUCAACAGUAACAGUAAUGCACGACGAAGUUACGAUUUGUACGAUAUGUGGCGUCUUUCGAUCAGAAGUGCAUCCCGACGUCAUUUUCCUCGAAAUCGCGUCUUAUUCGAAUAUCGAUCGAAGAAUGAAUGACUGAAGAAUUAUUUCUUUCUUUUCUUUUUUUUUUUCUCUUUAAUCUCAAAAGAUCGGCGUGCAAUGUAGAUGCAUGGAAAUUUGAGAUUUUCUUUUAAAACUCGUUAUUUUCCUUUGAUCGGAAAAAGAAAGAAAAUCGAAAAGAGUGGUAAAUUCAAUGUGCCUCGGAUAAGAAAGAAAUUAUCGAAUGGAAAGCUUGUUGACAGCAGGAGAAUAAAUUGAAAAUGAUUUUCAUUGCCACGCUUCGAUAUAAAUGCACGAUUUACCAACGCAUCUAGAUAUUUACAAAGAACGAUAUUCAAUCUCGAGCAUAUUUUAAAGUACUUAAAAUAUUCGAGAGAAGUUAUUCGCAAUAAUGUUUUUAUUUGCAUAUAUAAAACUGAUUAUUUCGCGCUUCACUGAACUCGAUUUAUAUGCGAUUAUUCUCGUUGAAUAGAAUUUUUAUAUUCAUCGUGUCAAAACUCCGUAAACACUGAUACGUUUGCAGAGUUAGUUUUUUUCUUUUUUCCUUUCUUUUUAGAAGUAACCAUACGCGACCUUAUGACGAUUACUAUUGUCGAUAAUUUGAAAAUAUUUUCAUAUGAAUGCAAUUGAAUAUUCUAUAUGAACGCUAACAUUUGGCAUGAAAGAGACACGUUUCCACUGAUAACAAUUAAAUUUGUAUUUUCACGAGGACAUACAUACGAACGCCGAAUCAAAUUCAUCGUUAUUUAUUUUACGACGAUUGUGCGUAGAAGCAUUAUUGUUUAUUCACGAAUUAUCGAUAGGACACGUAUCAUGCUUCAUUGCCAACGAAGCGCCAUAAUAAAUGGACAAAGUUUAGUUUGUACAGAUUUUUUUUUCUGAAUUCUAGAGUAAUUUUUAUGUACAGUAAAAUCUCCGUUAUUCGGACAUAACAAUUAAUUUUUAAUUUUAAAUACGCAGACAUGAAAAAUGUAAAAUUGAACAAAAAUCUGAUUAACAAUACUUCUAUUGUACCUCUCAAAAGAUGAUAUUAUAUUUCACAGCUUAAGUUGGCAAAAUGUGGCUCUAAUAUGCAUACAUAUAUACGAGAUGAAUCAUUAAUUAUUGCUCCGGUCGAAAUAAUUUUUUAUUCACUUAUUUUAAUAUAAAAUGUUGUCCCUUAUUAUAUGACGUAGUUAUUUAACUACUUAUUAUAAGAUAAAUAUUUUCUUUUUUUACGAUCAACAAAUACAAAAUUAAUAUAAAAAGCAAUAAUUAUAAAUCCGUCCUAUAUGUAUUAUUAUAUAUAGAAUGAAAAUAAACGGCUCGUAUCGUAGCAACAACGGGACGAGCGUUUCGACGUAUCGAAUGCGACGAUGAAA